AUGCCCGAAGCCAUGGCAUCGACCAAAAUUGACGAGGACGGCAGGGAUGGCCUCAGGGGUGGCGACAGGAACAGCGACAGGAACGGCGACGAGAACGGCGACAGAAACAGCGACAGAAAUGGCGACUGCAGAAAUGGCGACAGCAGGACUGCGCAAGAAGCUGCUGUGGCCAAGGAGCUGUACCCCAUGGUGAACUGGAAAUACGACCUCUUCUUAUAUCUCAUGGGCAAUUUGGUCGACUUGUUCUUUCGCGAGGUCGUCCCCAGGGGGUCAUGGAAGGUUCCUCAAUCUGGACCAGUCUUGUUCGUGGCCGCACCACACGCAAACCAGUUUGUCGAUGGACUGAUUCUUCAGCGUACGCUCAGGCAAGAAGCUGGCCGCCGCGUGUCUCUGCUCAUUGCGCAAAAGUCGGUCCACGGCUUCAUCGGCUGGGCCUCUCGCCAAGUCAGCUCCGUGCCCGUGGGCCGAGCCCAAGAUGCCACCAAGCCGGCACCGGGAACCAUAUACCUACCCGAUCCCGUCAACGACCCCACGUUGGUCCGGGGCGUCGGCACCAACUUUGGCACCGGGCCCGGCCAAACUCACGGCAUGGUCUUUCUCCCCCCGGCAAAGAACGCCGCCUCGGUCAGCAACGACGUUGCCAAGAUACUCGGCCCGGAGGAGAUUCGCCUCAAGCGACCUUUCAAGGGCAGGUUGGCCAUGCAGCAGCUGACGGGCCGCCACGACAUUGACCAGCACGGCAACUUCACCAACAGCCUGCUCAAGGGGCCUGCGCCGUCGUACCAGGGAACCAAGUUCAAGGUGGCGCCCAACAUCGACCAGACAAAGGUCUACGAAGCCGUCUUUUCGCGACUUCGCAACGGCGGUUGCGUCGGCAUCUUCCCCGAAGGCGGCAGUCAUGACCGCACGGAGCUUCUGCCCAUCAAGGCAGGCGUCGCCAUCAUGGCCCUCGGCACCCUCGCGGAAUCACCCGGCUGCGGGCUGAAGAUUGUGCCGGUGGGCAUGAACUACUUCCACGCGCACAAGUUCCGCAGCCGUGCCGUCGUCGAGUUCGGGACACCCUUCGAGAUCCCCCCCCAUCUGGUCGAGGCGUACCGCAACAACCAGCGACGAGAGGCCAUCGGGCAGGUCAUAGACACGGUGUACCAAGCCCUGAGCGCCGUCACGGUCUCGGCGCCAGACUACGACACCCUCAUGGUCAUCCAGGCGGCUCGGCGGCUGUACAACCCUACCGGCAAGAAGCUUCCCCUCCCCGUCGUCGUCGAGCUCAACAGGCGUCUAGCCAUGGGCUACGAGCGAUACAGGGACGACGAGCGCAUCGCGUCCCUGUCCGCCGCGGUCAACAGCUACAACUCGCAGCUCCGGUACCUCAACCUGAAGGAUCACCAGGUGCAGUACGCCAAAAUGUCCAUGCUCAAGGUCCUCUUUCUCUUCGUGUACCGCUCCAUCAAGCUGUCGAUGCUCUUCGUCUGCACCGUGCCCGGCCUGCUGCUCUUCUCGCCCGUCUUCGUGGCCACCAAGAUGAUCAGCAUCCAAAAGGCCAAGGCGGCGCUGGCGGGUUCCACCGUCAAGGUGCGAGGCCGGGACGUCAUGGCCACGUGGAAGAUCCUCGUGGCCAUGGGCUUGGCCCCGACCGUCUACCACAUCUACUCCAUCAUGGUGGUGGUCAAGGUCUGGCAGGACAGGCUGUGGGGGUACGUGCCCCCGUGGGUGCCGCUCUGGCUGGCGUACGUCGGCAUCUGGCCCGUCAUGCUGGGCAUCACGUUUGCCGCGCUGAGGUUCGGCGAGGUGGGCAUGGACAUUUUCAAGUCGCUCCGACCGCUGGUGCUCUACCUGGUGCCCAGCUCCGACUUUAACAUCCACACGCUGCGAGCCAGGCGCGCGGAACUGAGCUCCCAGGUGACCGACUUGAUCAACGAGCUGGGGCCCGAGAUGUUCCCCGACUUUGACAAGACGCGCCUGAUACCCGAGGCGUCGAGGCUGGAGACGGGCGGCGGCGGCGGCGGCGGCGGCGGCGCGCCUGGCGAAAAGGCGCACCGGCGCAAGGACAGCGACCAGUCCAGCACCGGCCCGGACCUGGAGACUCCGCCGGCGCUGUCGCGGCGCAGCACGACCCAGUCCAGCCGGGCCCUGCCGCGAAACGACUCCUUCAGCAACAUUGGCCACGUCGGCAUCUUUUCCACGCGGCCCCCUUCCCGAUCCAGGAGCCGCUCGCGGUCGAGCAGCGCCGGGGGCGGCUUCGGAUCGAGCGGCUUCCACAUCAGCGGCUUCACCACCCUGGACUCGGCGGAAGGGUUCAACGAGGCGAGCAGGAAGAUUCGGCAGGCGAUGAAGGAUCGAAGGAAGAGGUCGGAAAAGCUGCACGAGGUGGCGGAUAAUGCAGAGGACGAGGAUAGUGAGGAAGAGGGGUACGACGAGGCGAGGAAGAAGAAUGUCUAG